AUGAGAUUAUUCCAUCAUUACCUUACGGAGACAUACAUCACUCUCUGCCAAGGUCGCCUCGACGCACAUCAUUUCCAAGUCGUCAUCCCGCGAAUCGUGGUGUCCCACCCAUUCCUGAUGGACAGCCUUUUGGCACUAUCUGCUCUUCAUCUUGCCUAUCUGGAGCAGCAUGACAACCGGUCGUGGCUGGAGAUUGCUCUGAAAUAUCAGAGCCGCGCCUGCUCAGCGUUCAGUCGAGUCUUGGCGGACAUCUCCCCGGAGACUUGUGGGCCAGCUUUUAUCUGCUCCAUUUUCAUCAUGCUGUGUGCAACGGCGUAUCCUUGUGUUUCCGAAGACAGACAGACAUUCGAGCCGUUGUCUCAUGUACUGGAGAUUCGCCAGCUCAUUGCUGGCUGCGCACUCUUAUUUGUGCAACUUAACGGCAUGGAGUAUCGAGGUGACUUGCAAGGAUGGUUGAAAUGGAAGGACGAUGAAGUCGAUCAGGAUGGCAAUCCUUAUCAAGUUCGGGAAUCCCAACUGAAUCUUCGGAGUGCAAUCAUGGAUUCCUUGAAGGGCGUUCAAGAGAAGUUUAACAGUAUCGGUGGACCAAAUCAGGCAAUAUACCUGGCUACUUGGCAGAUUCUUCAUGAAGCAAUCAAGAGGUGGCCAUUUGGCGGCCCGAACGGUGGUAUAAUCGCAUGGCCUAUCAAUAUUAGCGAGGCCUACAUCGAUCUGCUCAAGCAGGGUGAUUGGGUGGCUCGUAUUCUGUUUCUACACUACGGUGUUGGACUGCAUUUGCUCUCAGACAAAUGGUUUGUCCGAGAUUGGGGCCGACGUCUCAUCGAGACCGUUCUACAACCAGAAGAUGAGAUCCCCUCGAUCUGGGCGAACACUAUCUCGUGGACCAGGAGCGCAGUUGAGCUCGAAGAAUGA